CAGGGCGGGGGUAUCGGAUUAGUCUUUGUUUUCGACGCGAAAGAGCCGAGCGCGGCGCUGGGGAGGCUGGCGAUGGCAGGGCCCUGGGGUGUGCCUGGGCCGGGCGCUCGGCCGUGACCCGGGUCUCCGCCAGCCCGUGGCCUCUGCCCCCUCCCCGCUGGGGCCCCCUUCUCUGCGGGCCAGGCUGACUCGGCAGUGCUGUCUUCUCCACGUCCUCACCCCCCCAGGAGAGACACUCUGGGGGCUGCCCUGCCCAGCCCUGCCUGCCCCCAACCCACCUGCUCACCUCAUGCCUGGGUCCGGGGUAGGUGAGGGUGAAGAGCUCACCCAGCCAAGAUGAUCCCUUCUCUGGGCACUAUUGGUGCUGUCCUGCCCCCGAGCCCGGGCCCCUGCAGGUUCCAGAGUGGCCUCCUACUCAGCCCCAUCAGACUGCUGCAGAGGAGGUGAAGAGGGGACUGACCAGUGGCACCCGCUGGAGCAGGAAGAGACUCGCCCGUACGCCCUGUAGACUGCUGAUUGUUUUAGGAGAGAAGGACCUGUUGGUGGCCUUGGCGGGGCAGGCAGGUGGGCAGCGGGACUGUGGCUCUGCCCAGGCACCUAUGCGCCCGGCCGCGGCGGCUGCAUCAUGAGUCAGUUCCAGGUGCCUCUGGCCGUCCAGCCAGACCUGCCUGGUCUUUACGACUUCCCCCAGGGCCAGGUGAUGGUAGGGGACUUCCAGGGACCAGGACUCCCAAUGACUGGAAGUGAGCCCCAGCUCCGAGGGGGUGGAGAUGGGCGAAAGAAGCGGAAACGGUGUGGCACUUGUGAGCCCUGCCGGCGGCUGGAGAACUGCGGGGCUUGCACCAGCUGCACCAACCGCCGCACGCACCAGAUCUGCAAGCUGCGCAAGUGUGAGGUGCUCAAGAAGAAAGUGGGUCUGCUCCCGGAGGUGGAAAUAAAGGCUGCUGAAGGAGCCGGGCCGUGGGGACAAGGGGCAGCCGCUGUCAAGACAGGUGCAGAGCUCAGCCCGGUCGAUGGACCUGCUCCAGGUCAGAUGGACUCAGGGCCAGUGUACCAUGGGGACUCGCUGCAGCUAAGCGCCUCCGGGGCGCCCGUCAAUGGUGCUAGAGAACCUGCCGGAGCCAGUCUCCUGGGCGCCGGGGGUCCUUGGCGAGUAGACCAGAAGCCCAGCUGGGACGCUGCCCCGGGCCCAGCUCACAGUGCUCGCCUGGAAGAUGCCCACGACCUGGUGGCCUUCUCGGCCGUGGCCGAAGCGGUGUCCUCGUACGGGGCCCUUAGCACCCGGCUCUAUGAAACCUUCAACCGUGAGAUGAGUCGCGAGGCCGGGAACGGCGGCGGCGGCGGCGGCGGCGGCAGGAGCUGCUCCGCCGGCAGCGAAGACCUGGACACGCUGCAGACGGCGCUGGCCCUGGCGCGCCACGGCAUGAAACCUCCCAACUGCAACUGCGAUGGCCCGGAGUGUCCCGACUACCUCGAGUGGCUGGAGGGGAAAAUCAAGUCCGUGGUCGUGGAGGGGGGUCAGGAGCGGCCCAGGCUCCCGGCGCCGCUCCCUCCCGCGGAGGCUGGCCUCCCGGCCCCCAGCCCCCGGCCCCUGCUCGGCGCCGCCGACACCCCCCAGGCCCCUCCCCCAGAGGGGCUGCCCCUGUCCCAGAGCGCCCUGAGCAUCGCCAAGGAGAAGAACAUCAGCCUGCAGACCGCCAUCGCCAUCGAGGCCCUCACCCAGCUCUCCUCGGCCCUGCCCCAGCCGUCUCACUCCACCUCCCAGGCCCCGGGCCCCCUGCCCGAGGCCCUGUCCCCUCCCGCCGCCCCUUUCCGCUCGCCCCAGUCCUACCUCCGGGCUCCCUCGUCGUGGCCAGUGGUCCCCGCCGAAGAGCACCCGCCCUUCGCGCCCGAGAGCCCCGCUUUCCCGCCAGCACCCCCGAGGACGGAGUUCUCUGACUCUUGGGGCACCGACACCCCACCAGCAACCCCCCGCAACUCGUGGCCCGCGCUCCGCCCGAGCCCCGACCCCAUGGCCGAGCUGGAGCAGUUGCUGGGCAGCGCCAGCGAUUACAUCCAGUCAGUAUUCAAGCGGCCUGAGGCCCUGCCCUCCAAGCCCAAGGUCAAGGUGGAGGCUCCCUCUUCCUCCCCGGCCCCCCCGGCCCCGGCCCCCUCCCCCGUCCCGCCGCCACGGGAGGCCCCCCCGGGCGGCCCGGAGCCCAGCGCCCACCAGAAGGCCCAGACGGCGCUGCAGCAGCACCUGCACCAUAAGCGCAGCCUCUUCCUGGAGCAGGCCCAGGACCCCUCCUUCCCGCCCCCGGCGCCCGCAGAGACCCCCGCGCCCGCCCCCGGCUGGUGGGCACCCCCCAGCUCCCCUGCCCCUCGGCCUCCAGACAGACCCCCCAAGGAGAAGAAGAAGAAGCCCUUGGCCCCGGCCGGGGGUCCCGUGGGCGCCACCGAGAAGGCGACCCCGGGGCUCAAGCCCAGUGUGCGGAAGCCGGUGCAGAUCAAGAAGUCGCGGGGUCGCGAGGCCCAGCCCCUCUUCCUGCCCGUGCGGCAGAUCGUCCUGGAGGGGCUGCGGCCCCCUGUCCCUGACGAUGCUCAGGCGCCUCUGCCUGCCCCCCUCCCCGCCUCCCAGGGCCCGUCUGUCCCCCUGCCCCCAGAACCUUCUCUUGCGCUAUUUGCACCUAGUCCCUCCGGGGACAGCCUGCUGCCCCCUACUCAGGAAAUGAGGUCCCCCAGCCCCAUGGCCGCCCUGCAGUCAGGAUCCGCCGGCCCCCUCCCCCCCGCCGACGACAAGCUGGAGGAGCUCAUCCGGCAGUUUGAGGCCGAAUUUGGGGAUAGCUUUGGGCUUCCCGGCCCCCCGUCUGUGCCCGUUCAGGACCCCGAGAGCCCGUUUGCUACCCGCUCCCCUAAGCAAAUCAAGAUAGAGUCCUCGGGGGCCGUGACUGUGCUGUCCACGACUUGCUUCCAUUCCGAGGAGGGCGGCCAGGAGGCCACCCCCACCAAGGCCGAGAACCCGCUCACGCCCACACUCAGCGGCUUCCUGGAGUCACCUCUGAAGUACCUGGACACGCCCACCAAGAGUCUGCUGGACACGCCGGCCAAGAGGGCGCAGGCUGAGUUCCCCACCUGUGACUGCGUCGAACAAAUAGUGGAAAAAGAUGAAGGCCCCUAUUAUACUCACCUGGGAUCUGGCCCCACAGUUGCCUCCAUCCGGGAACUCAUGGAAGAGCGGUAUGGCGAGAAGGGAAAAGCCAUCCGGAUCGAGAAGGUCAUCUACACCGGGAAGGAGGGGAAGAGCUCUCGGGGCUGCCCCAUUGCAAAGUGGGUGAUUCGCAGGCACACGCUGGAGGAGAAGCUGCUCUGCCUGGUGCGGCACCGGGCGGGCCACCACUGCCAGAACGCUGUCAUCGUCAUCCUCAUCCUGGCCUGGGAGGGCAUCCCCCGCAGCCUCGGGGACACCCUCUACCAGGAGCUCACCGACACUCUCCGGAAGUAUGGGAACCCCACCAGCAGGAGAUGCGGCCUCAACGAUGACCGGACCUGCGCUUGCCAAGGCAAAGACCCCAACACCUGCGGUGCCUCCUUCUCCUUCGGCUGCUCCUGGAGCAUGUACUUCAACGGCUGCAAAUACGCUCGAAGCAAGACCCCCCGCAAGUUCCGCCUCACAGGGGACAACCCCAAAGAGGAAGAAGUGCUCCGGAAGAGUUUCCAGGACCUGGCCACCGAAGUCGCGCCCCUCUACAAGCGGCUGGCCCCCCAGGCCUACCAGAACCAGGUGACCAAUGAGGAAAUUGCAAUUGACUGCCGCCUGGGGCUGAAGGAAGGGAGGCCCUUCUCGGGGGUCACAGCCUGCAUGGAUUUCUGUGCCCACGCCCACAAGGACCAGCACAACCUCUACAACGGGUGCACAGUGGUCUGCACCCUGACCAAGGAAGACAAUCGCUGUGUGGGCAAGAUCCCCGAGGACGAGCAGCUGCACGUGCUCCCCCUGUACAAGAUGGCCAGCACGGAUGAGUUCGGCAGCGAGGAGAACCAGAACGCCAAGGUGGGCAGCGGGGCCAUCCAGGUGCUCACCGCCUUCCCCCGGGAGGUCCGGCGCCUGCCCGAGCCGGCCAAGUCGUGCCGCCAGCGGCAGCUGGAAGCCAGAAAGGCAGCGGCCGAGAAGAAGAAGAUUCAGAAGGAGAAGCUGAGCACUCCCGAGAAGAUCAAGCAGGAGGCCCUGGAGCUGGCCAGCGUCCCUACUGACCCCGGCCUGGCUCUCAAGGGCGGAUUGUCCCAGCAAAGCUUGAAGCCCGCCCUCAAGGUGGAGCCACAAAACCACUUCAGCUCCUUCAAGUACAACGGCAACGCGGUGGUGGAGAGCUACUCGGUGCUGGGCAGCUGCCGGCCCUCCGACCCCUACAGCAUGAACAGCGUGUACUCCUAUCACUCCUACUAUGCACAGCCCGGCCUGCCCGUCAACGGCUUCCACUCCAAGUACGCGCUUCCGUCCUUCGGCUACUACGGCUUCCCCUCCAGCAACCCCGUGUUCCCGUCUCAGUUCCUGGGGCCCGGGGCCUGGGGCCACGGGGGCAGCGGUGGCAGUUUCGAGAAGAAGCCAGACCUCCACGCUCUGCACAACAGCCUGAGCCCGGCCUACGGUGGUGCUGAGUUUGCCGAGCUGCCGGGCCAGGCCGUUUCCGCGGACACCCACCCCCCGACUCCUCACCACCAGCAGCCUGCGUAUCCAGGCCCCAAGGAGUACCUGCUUCCCAAGGUCCCCCAGAUCCACCCAGCGUCCCGAGACCCCUCGCCCUUUGCUCAGAGUUCCAACUGCUACAACAGAUCCAUCAAGCAAGAGCCCGUGGACCCCGUGGUCCCGGCCGAACCCUCGCCCAGAGACACGGCUAAGAUGGGCAAGACGCCUUUGCCCGAGGCAUCCCAGAACGGGGGACCCAAUCACCUGUGGGGACAGUACUCAGGAGGACCAAGCCUGUCCCCGAAAAGGACUAACAGUGUGGGUGGCAGCUGGGGGGUCUUCCCGCCCGGGGAGAGCGCGGCUCUUGUCCCGGAGAAGCUCGGGUCUUUUGGGCCCAGCUGCCUGACCCCCUCCCACUUCCCCGAUGGCCAGUGGGGGCUCUUCCCCGGCGAGGGCCAGCAGCCACCCCCCCAGCCCGGAGGGCGGCUCCGCGGCAAAGCGUGGAGCCCUUGCAAGUUUGGCAACGGCACCUCGGCCUUGGCGGGGCCCAGCCUGACGGAGAAGCCAUGGGGGGUGGGAGCAGGGGACUUCAACUCUGCCCUGAAAGGUGGUCCCGGCUUCCAGGACAAGCUGUGGAGCCCCCUGAAAGGCGAGGAGGGGAGGAUUCCAACGCCGGGGGCGGGCCAGCUGGACAAGGCCUGGCAGUCCUUCGGCAUGCCCCUGGGCUCCGGCGACAAGCUGUUCGGGGCCCUCAAGUCCGAGGAGAAGCUGUGGGACCCCUUCAGCCUGGAGGAGGGCGCGGCCGAGGAGCCCCCCUCCGCCAAGGGGGUGGUGGUGAAGGAGGAGAAGGACGCGGGGGCCGUCGGGGCGGCGGCGGCGGAGGAUGAGGAGGAGGAGCUGUGGUCCGACAGCGAGCACAACUUCCUGGACGAGAACAUCGGCGGCGUGGCCGUGGCGCCGGCGCACGGCUCCAUCCUCAUCGAGUGCGCCCGGCGGGAGCUGCACGCCACCACGCCCCUCAAGAAGCCCAACCGCUGCCACCCCACCCGCAUCUCGCUGGUCUUCUACCAACACAAGAACCUCAACCAGCCCAACCACGGGCUGGCGCUCUGGGAGGCCAAGAUGAAGCAGCUGGCGGAGCGGGCGCGGGCCCGGCAGGAGGAGGCGGCCCGCCUGGGCCUGGGCCAGCAGGAGGCCAAGCUCUACGGCAAGAAGCGCAAGUGGGGCGGCGCCGUGGUGGCCGAGCCCCAGCAGAAGGAGAAGAAGGGGGCGGUGCCCACGCGGCAGGCGCUGGCCGUGCCCACGGACUCGGCCGUCACCGUGUCCUCCUACGCCUACACGAAGGUCACCGGCCCCUACAGCCGCUGGAUCUAGGUGCCUGGGGAGCCCGCCGUACCUCAGUGUCGGGCCCGGCCCGAGCUGCUCUGUGGUGCUUUUGCCCUCACACCUGGGGGCGGGUUGAGGGUGCAGAAGUCUCUUCAUCUAUAUCUACAUAUAUAGAUAAGCAUAUAUAUGUAUUUAUGGUCCGAACCUCAGAACUGACCCGCCCUCCCCCCUUCCCCCCAAGACCCCACCCCCUUUUUCUCCCCCCCAUUCCCCCCCCAGCACUUUGAAGAAGAAACUACGGCUGUCGGGUGAUUUUUUCUUGUGAUCUUAAUAUUUAUAUCUCCACAUUGGGGCCCUCGCCCCACCUCCUUCCUUGUUCUUGGGGAAGGUGGGGCGGGGGCCGGGGAGGGAGAGGAUUUUAUUUUCUCUUGUUUUUAAAAACUCUAUCCUUGUAUAUCACAAUAAUGGAAAGAAAGUUUAUAGUGUCCUUUCACAAAGGAGUAGUUUUAAAUUCCAUUUAAAAUGUGUAUUUAUUGGGGGUUUUAUUUUUGUUUUUGUUUCUUAAGCGACAAUAGUAAUGGUGAAGGACCGGCGGGAAGGGCUGGGGGGGGGGUGUCCGGUCCCGCCCCGUCGUGCCGGGCCCUUCCGAGCUGGCCUGCUUGGGAGCUGACGAGGUUUUUCACAGCCGUCCGCCGCCGUCCGUCGUCUGUCCCUCGUGGGCACGUUGUAAGCGUCCGGUUAGUCCCUCCUCGCUGACCCGCCUUCCCUUCAGGGAGGGGAGCCCUCAGGACAGCCUGUGCCCUCUCCGGGAUGGGAGCACCUGUCCGAGGACAUCUCGGGGUCCCUUUCUUGGCCAGCGCUGGCUUGGAGUCAGGGAGGGGGGACGGGGCAGGUGCGCCCCACGCCGGAGAUGCCAGUGUCGAUGUCCCCAGAAACCAGGUUGGAAGUAGACAGCUUUGAGCUUGCUAGUCUCCACACUGAAUCCUCUCUAUCCGUUAUUUAUCAAGUCACACGAUGUCACAGUUCCCCCAGGCCACGCGCCUCCUGAGGGACCGGGAGGGGGAGGGGCUCUGUCAGAGCCGCUUCCACCGAGUUGACAAAGCCAAUGAAUACUGGGCUGAAGGAAUUUUGUCUGAGUGACAGUUUUUUUGUUUUUUUUGUUCUUUUGAAAAUGCCCCAAAGUCUAUGCUGAUACCGGAAAAAAAAAAAAAAAGGGCUACUGUAACUUUAAAAAGAAGUUGAACCCAAGCUGUGAAAAGCCAGCCGGUGGCGUGGCUGUGGCUGUGUGUGGCGGUGGCUGUGUGCGGCAGCCCUGGCGCUGUGCAGAGCCUGGUGCUGUAGUUGAGUAUCGUGCUGGGACUUCUCUGACUCCGGGCAGGCGGCCCCUGCAGGAGCUCAGCACAACCGAGUAACAGCAGUGAACGCAUCUCUCCUUAUUCCUGGAUUUCCACAGUGGACAAUGGUGCAUGCCUCACGCCCGGGCCCACCCCCCCCACCACCACCAUAUCCUUCCUGGGGGGUGUGGGCCCCCACGUAACAAUUUUAAGAUGCAAGCGUCAUUUUCAGCAGGUAGCUAUGAUUUCCACCCCGCCCCCCUUAACUGGUGCCAUUUCUCUAUUUGAUCAUCUUCUCCUUUCCUUCCUCCCCGCUCCACCCCCCUUAAACACACCUGUUUUACCAAUUCUGGUGCAUUCGUUCAGUUCUUCGAAAAUAGAAUGUGGUGCUUCAUUUUUUUGCGACGUUGUUGAGAGAGAGGUUGGGCCCAUACAGGUGGAAGCGACGUUCGUCGGCAGCAAAAGUCCUACUUCUUAGAGUGUUCCCCUCCCCUCCCCCCCCCACCGUGGUGUUAGCAGAAAGUCUUACUGAGCUACUCUACCCAUGUGGAUGUGUGUGGUGAAUUGGGAGGCUGUUCUUCAAGGGUGCGCGGGGGCAUGUGGCCACAGCGGGGAAGGACAGCCAAGCCCCGAGGUGAACAUCGGAUAUUUAUUGAGCAGUUGUGUUCAGAGGUGGGUCUUCGUGAAACGAGUUUUAACAAUCAGAUGAUGAUGCUAAAGGCAAGUUCCUGAGCUUCCAGGUGCCUUGUGUAAGAGCUGAGAACUGACGCGCUUGGUGUUUACUGUGACUCUUCCAGAGGCACUGGCGGUGAAUUGCUGUAAGAUGUCCUGAGCAUUUAUGUGGUCUGGUUUUAACUGUAAAUAGUGAAAGAUUUUUUUAAGCACUUUUGCCUAGAUUUAAACAGCAACUUGAAAAAAAAAAAAAGUAUGUUUUAACAUGUAAUUGUGGGAGAAAUUGUAAAUAGUAGCUGAAUAUUUAACGUGCUUUGUCUAUCCUUCACUUUUACCAUAUUCUGUAAAGUUGCAUUUAUUUUACAGGACAAAAAAAAUGAAAUAUUAUUGCUUUUGAAAUAAAUACCCAAGAGCUUAUCAGGAUUUAGAAUUAUUCAGAACUCAGAUUUAUAGGAUAACCUCUGACCUUCAGUGUGACAAGCUAAAGGAAGCAGAGACUUUAAUGAGCAUGCAAAUUUUCUAGUUUUGAGGGAAAGUUGGGUCCUUUAAAUGCUAUUUUGCUUAUCGCAUCAGUACUUUUAUGCAGGUCUCAUUUGACUCCGUGCUUAGGUAGAUGCGGGGGUGCCUUGAAAACUUCAUUUUAAAUGAUCUUAAGCAAGAAAUACAAUAUUUUGCAAAACAUUUGGAGAAUGUGACGUCUGUCUGGCCCGUGAAAGCCCCAGGUUGGCUGUUGGUUUGGAAGGUCCCGAGUGUAACCCAGGUGAUUCUGAGAGCUGGCACGUGUGAAUUUUGUGACUGUGUCCAAUAGACCCUCCCCCCACUUGUCACCCUUUGGUAGAAAAAAGCCAUUAGAUAAUAACAGGAGAAACCAGUACACGCUAAAAGCAUGUGAUGUCUGUCCACCCCUCCCCCCCAGCUCACACGGCCUUUGGUUCCUAAGUUCCUAGAUUAGCAAACAGGCUGCUGAGAGGUGAGUCAAGAGGCGGUCUCCAUCGGACGUUCCCCACCCCCUCCGAGUGGUGUUCCAGAAAUUAGGUGGUGCUGUUGCCACGCUGUAGCCCGUGCUGAUCUUUACACACUACACGUCUAACCUACCUCAAAUCUCAGUCAUUGAAAUUAGCAUGCUUUAGACAUAUAUUUAAAAAAAGUAACUAUGCACAGCUCUUUAUCCCCCCGCCCUUGCUGCUGAAAGGUUUCUUAAAGAGAAAAAUCAAAUUUUUAUUUUUUACCGGCACUAUCAUUUUUUUAAGUCCUAAAGAUGAUGAACAGACAUUUCUAUCAUGAGAAGAAAAAUAAUAAUAAUAAUAAUAAUAAUAAUAAUAAAAUAAAGCCAUGGCAACUAAAGAACCUUAACAGCGUGACCAAGUUUUUAAGAGUCAUAGCAACAGAAAACGGUGGAGUCUCCGUCACCUCCCGGUGUCCCUGUCCACAGACACCAUCCACGCGCAGUGCAGACCUUUGGUUCCUCUUCUGUUUUGUUGUCCCUGCCUUUCGUGCACAAGGGAAGUGCUUGCAAAGUUUUGUGCUAAGGAGUUUUUAAAAUAAAAUUAAAAAAAAAACAAAAAACGCUUUGCGGCAGGUUCUCACAAAAUAACUGGUGCUAGCUCAAGAAACCAUUAUCAGAAAUCUUGGCGGAAGGUAUUUCAUGGAUUUUGAGGUAAUUUGUGGGUGUUUGGCUUGGUUGUUUUGAUUUUUAAGCAGGGUCUUUUUUUCCCCCCACACUCCGGCUUUGUGGGUCCUGUGUGACCCCGCCGAGAUGUCGGGAAAAGGUGUCUCUCUGCGUCCCCCCCUCCUUGGUCCUUCCACCAGCCUCUUUCAGAAACAGAGCAAGUGAUGUUUAAAAUGCAAAGGCAAGGGAAGAAGUUGUGGUGCUCAGUUGCUUUGUCUCAAACAUAGAUGUGUGUGGAUGGAUGAGGAGUAGAUAACCUAAUUUUCUGGAGAGAAGUCCAGCAGCCGUGGUGGAGCUGAACCCACCACCCUACCAGGUCUCAAACCAAGGCAGUGCUGGUGGAAAAAAACGAUAUCCCUGAUGUGCCUCAACCAAUACUUCUCCUUUUGUUACUGAUGUGUGUUUUAUGGACUAGGAAGCAUUUUUAUGAAUUGAAAAUUGUCUAAAUAAAAUGGUGCUAUGGUGUUUUAAUGUGACUGUCCCUGAUCCUGUCUUGCUGAGGUGCUAUCAAUGCUCUGAAACCACAAGCAACCAAAAACAAGGUGGGCUCAGUCUCUCUUGGCUCCCCCCCCCUCCACACACACACACCCCCUUCCCCGUUUUGGUGCUGUCUCCUUUGACCUCUGUUUACCAUACUGUAACUGCUCCGGCGGUGUGCUUGAUCGUUCAUCCCUCAGAGGCCAGACCAAGAAAGGCAGCCGGUCCCCCCUUCCUGCGGGUGGGGGUCAGGCCUGCCUGCCGGGCUUGGCAGGAGCCUGGGUGCUGUGUUGGUCCUCUCAGCCCUACUAGAGAAGAAAGGACAAAGGGGCGGCGGGUGUCCUCCUGCCUCUCCGGUCCUGGUGGACUUCUCGGAGCUGAGGACACACCUUUUCCUCCUGCAGUCCAGGGUGCAAGUAGGUGUCUGAGAGUCCCAAAGGUGCUUGCUAGCCGCAGUGGAUGGAGUAGUUCUCCUUCCUCAUCUGGCGCUGGCCGGGCCCAUGGUGGACAGGGCCUCGCUGACCCUCACCGCCAGGGCCCCCGUGUUGCUUCUGUCCGCCUCUCACUGGUAACCCCUCACGUUCAACUCAGAGAAAGGAGCUUUUGCUCACUUGGUGCCACUGAGGCUGCUUUUUUGUUUUGUUUUGUUUUCGUUGGUGCUACUCUCAUUUCUCCUUGGGUCCACACGAAAGUUGAUUUUAAAACAAUGCAACAGGAAACUUCAUUUGAGUCAUCCUCAGUUCCUUUUUUUUUUUUUAAUACCUCAGGAACAGGACAUCAUGAUAAUUUCAGGAGAUACCCCCACCCCCAGGGAGUCUGAUUGAAACCCAAAGGUUGUCCAUCCAUCAGAUGAUGUAGUUGACCUUGAGGAAUCGGAGGUCGUUUGAAUUCUUCUUCAGCAGUUCAAAUGGCAGCGCGCCUACAGGAAGGGAUGUGGUUGACUCUGUCUUUCAUUUUCAAGCUUUUGCUUUUGAGUGAAGUAUAACUUUCUUUGUGCCCAUCUUGUCGAGCUUUUCCAGUCAUUGUCGCUGUCCAUUUGAAACGACUCCCUUGAAACCUAAGUUUCAUGAACCUGCAUCUGCUGGGGGACACAGCCAACUUCAACAUACCCUGGACCAAAAUGAACAUUUUUUUGAGGUGCAGACCCCAAGCAUAGGUGACACAGUCCCACACCCAUGAUGGGUGCAGGGUUGUUUUCCAUUCAAGCGGCCCCCGUCGUGCCCCCCCUCCCCAACCCCAGCCCCUUCUCUCACAGUUCCACCAACAAAACUAAAGCAAUAGGCUUCUCCCCUGAGCAGACUGGAGCACAGAAAUGCAAGGUUAAAGUUGCUUUUGCCUAAGAAUCAGUGAGUGAUUUGGCCUACUUCCUCGCUUGCUUCUCUUCUGAUAUCAGGGAUGCUUUUCGUGGUGACAUUGUUUGCCCUCUCUUCUCAUCUUCGACCACCCAUCAUUCAGGGAUAACUCAUCACUAUUCACAUGGGGAUUAAAAACAAUACUGUUCGGCUCCUUUGAACAUCCAGAAUUUCUUGAUUCCAACACUUGGUUUUUGCUUUGUUUUUGUUUUGUUUGAGGGGGGAAAGGAGGAGAAAAAAACAGGAGUGGUGUCAUUUCUUUUUCACAUAAUCUAAUUCAAAGAGACAAGGGCAGGUCAUUUGGUGGCGUAGUCAUGCAUUUAGAUUUACCCCCUGUAGCUUUCUGAUGUAUUUCAUUUCUUCUUUGAAUUCCUGUUUGGUUACUUGGCUUCCAAUGGAGGUGAACUUCACAACCAUACUUGAAUAUUCCGUCUUGACUUUGUAACUGUGGCUACUUGAAAUGAAGUUUAUCUGGGGUUGAUGGAUGAAUGGUAGAUUUUUGCAAUGUCUCAAGGCAAUAGGAUGUGUAUUAUUAAACUGUAGAUAUUCUUAGUACAGUAAAUUUAUGCCGAUAAUUUUAUUUUGUAUAAUUUUUACCUUUUUUGUUAAUAUUUUCUCUCCCACUAUAUUGAUUUGCCUCCUGAACUACCCCUCCUGACCCUCCCUUCUCCCCCGUGUUUCAGUAAAUUUAAUUUAGGGUGCCUAGAAAUUGCAAGUAUGUAUCCUUUUUUGAUUUGUAUUUUAUUAUAAUUUACACAAACAACUGGUUUGUGAACUGUAUUACUCCUGGUAUCUUUAAAAUAUUGUGGGUGUUUUAAUAAAUUUUAUAUUUAUUUUUUGCACUCAAAA